AGCUUACAGGAGGACAGAGAAGGAACAGAGAAGGAGCCAUUCAGUUUGAUUAAACCAGAGUUUGUUGGAAGAUGUUACUCGUGCAAAGCCUUCAUAGUCAGAAGAACCACUGAUGUUCAGUAGCUUCUUCUUCCACUCAAGCUUUCUGGGCAUAUCCUCAGCAAGCUGAACCAUAUAAUAAGUGCGGGUGAGUUUCCUUGAAAGGAGCAACACUGAUCAGAGUAAAAAGGAGAAUGUGGAAAAUUCAGAAGGAACAAGUCCCAUUCUGAGACUCUGAGAACAUUAAGACCUGUUGCUUCAACUGAAAGGGAUCCAGAAUGAAAAAUGGUGAUGAAAUACAGAAGCUUUCAGAUGCCAUUAGCCCAUUACUGGGGAAACGUUUCUAGAUUAUUUCUUCUCAUAGGAGUCCUCAGCAUCUUGUUUGCCAUUGUUUGGAAACAAAACAAAGAUAAAUGCAAAUGUCCAAAAGGGAAAGAACCUGGAUUUGUGGUUGCCAAUGAACAGAAUACAAUGAAUCUGGACGAUAUCAUAUGGAAGAAGUCACAAAGAUCAAAUGUCAGUGUAAUAGAAAAUGCAAUGGGUCCUUUGCCUGUGCAAUAUACAUAUCUCGUGGGAUCACCACCCUUGAAAAAGAGAUUCUUGACCAUUGGAAUUUCUUCUGUCCACAAAGUAAAGGAAGAGUAUUUAUUGAAGACCAUUAGCUCCAUUUUCAGUCACUGCUCCCCAGAAGAGCUGCAGCUGAUAACCCUAGUCAUAUAUCUAGCCAAUAACAACAUUCAGCUAAAUGAGCAAAGUGCCAGAGAAAUUGAGGCUGAGUUCAGUGCACAUAUUAAUUCAGGAAGGCUGCUUGUUAUAGAAAGCUCUUUAGCUGGUUAUCCCCACUUAAGCACCCUGGAAGCCAGUCAUUGGGGAAAUGAGGGAAAAAAUGGGGCCAGAGCCAAACAGAAUGUAGACUAUGCUUACUUAGUUAACUUCUGCGCUGGUCUCUCUGACUAUUAUCUAAUGCUUGAAGAUGAUAUUGUUUGUGCCACCAGUUUUGUAGCCAUUAUACAACGCUAUGUGAGACAGAGGGAGGCACCUUGGACCACAAUAGCAUUUUCAAGGUUGGGUUCCAUUGGGAAACUUUAUCACAGCUCUGAUCUUUAUAAACUGGCCCGGUUCCUCUUGCUGUUCUAUGAUGCAAUGCCUGCAGAUUGGCUUCUGGAAGCUUUCCAUCGAUCCCAAGCUCAAGAACAUGCCAUUAUGUUCCGGCCUUCACUGUUUCAGCACAUAGGUAGAGUCUCUUCAUUUCACAGCAUGGAGACUCAGUUCAAAGACCCAGAAUUUGAAGAAGACAAUGGCGAUUUGGGAGAUUUUCCUCUCGCUUCUUGUUUCACAAAUAUUCCCAACUUUUCAAACUACAUGCCCAGCGAUGUGUGUCCUCCUGGUAGGGGUGUCUUUUGGGGCAAGAACAUCACAUCUAAGAGCUUCUUCACAGUUGUCUUUGCACAUCCCAUUGUCCCCCAGAAAAUUCAGAUUCACACAGGAUCAGCUGAAUAUAACCAGGACAUUCUUUAUGAUGGUUAUGUAGAAAAGGGCAGACUGAAAGUUCAUUCCCAUGACGGCCAGACAUGCCUGACUUUCCAACGAAUUGGGGUCUUUAAGGAUGGAUUUUUUGAAAUGGAAGACAAGAGUAGUGAGGAUGAUAUAGACUGUCUUCGAAUACAAGUCACAGCCCCACAAAAACAAUGGUUGAGAAUUAGGAGAAUCAGCAUAUGGGUGAAGAAAGAGUAAUGUUCAUCUUCCACAGAACAAAUAUAUUGUAUUCCCCUGUCUGAUACAGUGGAGAAGCCACAGUGAAUCUAGUUAGGUGUGACAAGGUUAAUAAUAUUUUUUACUUUCUGUCACUGAAAAGCAGGUUUAUUUUUGUUUCUAUUUCAUUUAAUGAAAGAUGGAUGGAAAG